ACAAAAUAUUUUAUUUCAGUGGAUCAUAUUCGUAUGCCCUAUCACUGCACAUUCAGACAGAUUAUCCCCUAGCUUAAUCAAGUUCGGGAUUUUUCCCAGAAACGUCUACUUGGUGUUCUCGUAUUUCUGGUUUUUCGUUGGUCUUCCCAUGGGUGUCUUCUCCGCCAUAUCUCGGAUCCUGAGGACAAUGGCUGUGGGAGCUCUGAUGUUGCCAAGAAUUGAUCACAGUGUUAUGCCCGAUGGCUUUCAACGGUUUGAUCGAGGUAACCAACUUGCAUAAGUGACAUUAAGUGUACGGGGGGGGGGGGGGGGGGUUGAAUGUUUUGCCCAUGUUGUUAUGGAGGAUUGCAAUGAAAUAACACAGGCCUAAAUUUAACAUAUGCUUUGAUAGCUCUGCCUGAAUUUUCUGGAUUUGUCGUAUAGCAUUUGCCCGCGUUUCAUGGUUUUGUAAAGUUUGGAGGGGGCAGUUGUGCCCCCGCUGUCUCAUACGCUUAUGCCAACUUGUUGUAACGGUCAUGGCUAAAAGGGAUGGACGAGGGGGCGGUUUUCAAGAUAGUUCAGAAUUUAAUCACAGAUCAGUUUGCUUGAGUUCAAGGUUAAUGUUUGGGUUAGGAUUGGGGUUAGGUCAGUGACAGACAAUGGGAGAUACGAUCCAUGAGAGAACUAGUUUAGCUCGGGAAAACGGUAUGAAAAUGUUUACGACCUUCAUAGAAUUUGGAAGUCAAUUUCCGCCAUAUUGGCGUUGCUUUUCUCGACUGACGUUCUCGCUCCAAAUAUAUGUAGAGCUUCUCGUUCCAAAUAUAUAAGGCUUACUGGUUUCAGCAAGCAUCUUUAUACGGUGAUACUUAUGAAAGCGACGUUAAUUUCCGCCAUGUUAGCUUCACUUUUCUCAAAGGCCGAAUUAAUGAAGAUAGUUAUCCAUGUAUAUAUAUAGAGAGAGAGAGCUCCAUGACUUGGUCACAUUGGCGUAGCCAAGGGCCUAGACACCGAUAGACUUGCGCCAAGUCUCUCUUUCAUUGUCAUGUAGUAUCGAUCCACUAUAGUGUACAUUAUACAAAUAAUGAAUGUUUAUGAGUGCAAUGGUAAGAAUAUUUUCAUGAUAUUUUCAUAUUUUCAUCUUUCACCGAAUGAAAAUAUUCUUACCAUUGCACGAAGAAACAUUCAUUAUUUGUUUUAUAUAAUACCAAAAUAGACUAAUAGAUUCGUAUGAGAAGCAUUUUGAGUGAUGCGAUUUAUUGAAAACACAAAGAGUGCAAUUGUACUAUACGUUUUAUUUUAUGGAACGUGUUCCAUUGCACUCUUGGGAAAUGGAAUUUUCUAUUCAAUAUCACGUGACCAUAAACAGCCAAUUAAACGAUUAGAAUUCAAUAAGGUAUUAUACUAGGAGUUACUAUCGCAAGUAAAAUGCUGCCGAUAUGUACAUGCAGGAUGUACUACAACCAAAAAGUGUCUUUUUCACUGUAUGUAUGAUUUAAUGUCUUACACAUGUUCUACAUCAAUUACCUUCUACAAUUGUAUCCAGGGACGCCGGAACGAUGUGAAGGCAAGGGUGGCAGAUUUUGGUGAAAGGGCACUUUUGAAUUGAUAUAUACUAAGAGAUGUUUGCAAAACAUCGGGAGUUGAACUUCACCUAAUCAUGUUUUCUAUAUAUUGGAUGAUAGGGGUGUGAGGGGGUUCUCUGCCAGGCGAUUAUGCUAUUCUUGAAGCUCGAUGACUGUAUUUCUUGCGUUUUCUGAAGCAAAUUAGUAAAAGAAUUGCACUAACAUUUCUGACAAUUUGCUAUUUUGCCAAGGCAAUCCUUUAAAUUGAAAGGACACCUUUGCCUCCCUUGCCCCUCCUGGUAAAGGGCAACGGGGGCGGCUGCCCUUCCUGCCCCCCCCCAGUUCCGGCGUCCCUGAUUGUAUCUUACAUCUCAUCUUAUAAAAAGUGCACUAUAAAGUAUAAACUUGGUGAUCACAUGUGUGAGUUUGCCACUGAAUACAGAACAAUGUUUAUAUAAAAAUACUAUAAAGUCGGUUUUUGUUCCAAUUAUCGUUUUACAUGUAAUGCCACCUUCAUGGCUUCCCCUUCACAGACCAACCGAACAAUCUGCCGAUGGGUAGACAAAAUGUAUUUGCUGACAUUUCUGUUUAAUAUGCUUCAGAUGACACCAUUCAUUGACAUGAUUAAGAUUGUUCUCAGUCAGAACUGCAAAAAUAUAUGAUAAGAAAGAAAUUGUGAGCAUUAUCGUAGUGACACAGCCAUAUGUAGGCCACUAGAAUUAUUUCAUAUUAUGCUAACAAUGGACAUAUCUCAGAUCUUAUACAAAAGUCAGUUAAAAUGUUAGUAAUAUUACAUGUAAUUGCUGUAAGUCAAUAUAUGUGCAGACAACAUUUGUUUAAAGCUAUAAACAUCUAGAAAUGGAACACUACAAACUCAUUGCCUUUGCACAUAAUGGCAGAUCACUGAUAGUUGGUGCCUCAAUGGGCUCCACCACAAUGGGCAGAGCAGUCUGUAGGGUCGGCCAUAGGGUUUUGUGUACUGUAUAUAGGGUCCAAUGGUACUUAAUUCGAGUAUACUGUAUAUUUACUUUAAAUGUUAUGACUAAUUUGGGGUAUUAGGUCUGGUAUACAGCUUCUGAUUGCUUUAGGUAUUAUGUAACAUUUUGACCAUAAUAAUAGGUAUUUUGAUCCAUAUUUAUCAGCUCUUUAGGAUACUACGACCCCCCCCCCCUGGCUGACCCCUAGUCUGAUAGUUGGUGCCUCAAUGGGCUCCAUCGCAAUGGGCAGAUCAGAGGCGCCGGAAUAUCGAUAAUUGGGGGGAGGGCAGAUAUUCAUAUAUUCGUGUUCUGCCCAAUUAAUUUCUUUUGAAGUCGAUUGUUUUUACAGUCUGUGAACACGAAUAUAUGAAUAUCUGCCCGCUAUUAUCGAUUCUCUGGGGCAGAUCGCUGAUAGUUGGUGCCUCAAUGGGCUAGACCACAGGCAGAUCAAUGGUUUUUGCCUCAAUGGGCACUAGAUACCACAAUGGACAGAUAUAUAGUUUUUGUCUCAAUGGCCUCUACCACAAUGGGCAGAUCUAUAGUUUUUGCCUCAAUGGGCUCUACCACAUUGGCACAAUGGGCAGAUCUAUAGUUUUUGCCUUGAAUGGGCUCUACCACAAUAGGCAGAUCCAUGAUAUUUUUGCCUCAAUGGACUCUACUACAAUGGAUAUAGAAUGUUAUUAUUUUGUCCUACCACCAUGGGCAGACUGUUUAUAGUAUCAUUAUUUUGUGUAUCAAAAGGAUUCACAGGCGUUAUAGUUGUUUUUGCAUACACUACAUGUGGUAUAUUUCUUGUGUCGAUCACAGAAUCACAUAUCUUGUAAGAAACAUGUUUGUAUACAACUUGAAACACUGACAAGUUUAGGUAAAUUAUCGACAGAUAAGAAUUCGACAGCAGGUUCUAAGACAACAAAGCCAUCAUUCAGAGCUUGCAAGUACAUUUUGUCUCCUUGUAAUAAGACAUUAUUUAUAAAUGUUGUUUUUGACCAAUCGAUCAGUGGUAUAUUUUGGGCAGUUAAAAGUGCUGAUAAACUCAUAAAAGCACAUUGUUUGCCUCUAGAUUGAACACUAAAAAGGUCAUUGCCUUGAUGUAUAUAAGAAGAAAAAAAUAGAGCCGAACUUACCUGAAUGUUUCCGAAUAUUUUUUAUCUCUUGCUGCCUUGCAUCCGUAUUUAAAAGCUUGAAAAUCUUCAUGUUUUGACCGCUCCCCUCAUUUAACAAACGUUCCUAAAGCUUAAUUAUUCCCCCCGGAUUACGACAAACAUCUUUACAGACAGACAGACACAAGAUCUCGAUCUCGACAAUACAUAACUCGCGCGAAAGACUGGGUCGAGUGGACUCUGGAGAAACCACCGCGUGUCAAGAAUAGUGUGCUGCCUCGCUACGCUCGGCAGCAAUAAUACAUGACGUAGCACGGAGAGCCGGAGCGAGAAAGAGAGACUUGUCAACUUCGGAGACUUGCUUUAAUUGUUUUCUGUCAGUGUUUAUAUGUAUUGAUCUAGCACAGUGUAAAUAACACGAGAUCCAUUAUAGUAAAUAAUACAGAAAGAAUUUGAAGGAAAACAAUUAAAGCAAGUCUUGCAUUUUCGGUUCAGUUUUGAACCGAGAUUUUCCGAAGUUGACAAGUUUCUCUUUCUCGCUCCGCCCCUCCGUACUACGUCAUGUAAUGUACACUAUAGUGGAUCGGUACUACAUGACAAUGAAAGAGAGACUUGGCGCAAGUCUAACUGUUAAGACACCGAUUGUAAAACUAUAGUCGAUACGCAGGCUACAGUCUUUAUAACAUUUUUUUGUUAUUUUGAAAGGUUUCAAUGCGUACAUCUGUUAUCUUCACGUGCAAACAGCUUAUAGAAACCCAGUCCUUCGAGUUUUCUGUCAGAUAUUGAGUGACGAAACACGUAAGUUUUGACAAUUUCUUUACAGUAUAGGGUGCGAAUAAACCUUAUGAAUUGUUCAUAAAUUUUACAAACCUUUUUUACAACCAUAAAUUGGUCGACUUCAAUCGUAUUAUCUGCGCCCGGCAUAAGAUUUCUCCACAUGUUAUUUACAGCAAAUCUUCACAUAAGUCCUCGCCUCCAAAAAGACAGCCCUCUCCCUCCAAUAACCCCGCUUUUGGGUUUGCAACGUACCUAUGCGAACAGACUUUGUGAUUGUUUGAUUAUGGCAAUAAAAGACAACAAACGAUAAAAAUCAUCUUUCUAAAGUAUGGGAGUUAUAAACACUUUUGUUUUAGAAAACCGUUCAGAAAACGUCACGUGUACGUAUUAACCCCAUCUUUCUAAAGGGAGGAAUAUAUCAAGCCCCCCUAUUAAAAUGACCUGCAGUUUUCACGGCAUAAUCAUUUAAUUAAAUACCGAAUUGCCCCUAUUUAGCCCGGGCAUUGGAUGCAUUUUCAUCUGCGUUGGUAUGUGUGUCCGUGUGUUUGUCAGCAUGAUAUGAUAACUUAGAAAAGAUCAAACGUAUUUAUGGGACUAAUUACUGGGACUAAAUACUUUGUGGGACUAAUGCACAUUGUCCAAGGACAAAUUGAUCAAGAUUUUGUUAAAUUUGGGUGGAAAUUAUUGGAAAUUAGCAUAAAUUUGCCUUGCUUUGCCGGGCACAGGAAACUGUAAUUAGGCCAUCGUAUAAUUUAUGCAUGAUAUAUAACUUCUUUUGCUGGCGAAGCUAUAGUCAUACGAUGUACUACUCAUGUAAUGUUAUUUAGUCAUAUAUUUAUUAUUAGAGGAUGUGAGCUAAAUAAAGGGAGGGGGUGGGGACUUGUUUCUUUUCAGCGCUUCUAAACUGGGCCCAAUUAAAAAGGGAGGUGCUAAAAAGGGCUAAAUAGAGGAAAUAUGGUCAUAAUAAUAACUGUGUACUAUUUGUAGAAUUCGUGAAUAAUUAAUAAGGCUACAAACAAAUCACGACGCGGUAUUUAGGUCACAUAUGCACACUUGUAAACCGGAGUAAAGAUAAAAAAGUCGUGUUGAGGGAUGUUUAUGAGAGUUAUGAAUACUAAUUACGAAGCAGGACGAUUAUUAGAAUCAAAACGCAUUGCAUCACUAUAUAGAUUUACGCUGUAAAUGCAUGCUAAUGAAGCGUGAGAUUGUCCCCAUGGGCAGUGAAUUCUAUAUAAUAAAGUAAACAAAUAAAUUUAUUUUACAAUUUCGUUAAAAUAUUCACAACGAGCGCGCAGCGCGAGCCAUUGUUAAAUCCCCAUAAAAAUCGGCCUCUCAUAUUUUAAAUACAACUUAAAACACGAGCAGGAGUGAUUUAUCAGAUAUAAAACACGAAAGCGCAGCUCGAGUAUUUUAUAUCUGAUAAAGCACGGACUGCAUGCGAGUGUUUUAAAUGGCUUAAAAAACGACGAAUCCUACCUGAUGGGGUUAUUGGCAAAGUAAUUUUAAAAAUAAACGUUGUCUAAGUCGAGAAAAUCAAAGCUAAAAUUUAUGUAAAUUAACAUGAGUUUUUAUGUACUGUUUAAUAAACGAGCAGGAGUGUUUUAUUAGGUUUAAAGACACGAGCGCGCAGCGCGAGUGCCUUUAGACCUAAUAAAACAUGACCUGCGAGUUUAUUAAACGGCUUCAAACACGACUACAAAUUCAAUAGAUAUACCGCCUUAUUAGUAUUCUUUAUAUAAAAAAUACUAAUGAGGACACGACAACAAUAGAUACUGCCUUAUUAGUACUAAUUAGGAGUGUUUUAUCAGGUUUAAAGCCACUGCACGUGACAUAUUAUCCACCAUAGCCACUGCAUGGUUGAAAUGAUUUGCCAAUAAGCUUCUGAAUUAUUAAUGAGUGUUUGAAGACAUAUAUAACCAUCGACACGGUAGUGAUUUCCUUUGUCUUUUCCUCAUGAAUUAUUAAUGAGUUUUUUAAAUAAUGUAUUAAAGGACACAACAAGGAACGAGAAUGGACAUGUUCAGCUCAAGCUCGUGCCAGAUGGUUCCUCGCCCUUACCUUGGCCCGCAACCCACAACUAGCGUCUGACCGUAAACCUGGUGGUGUUGAAGCACCUCAACCUGUUCAAGGUGGUUGUGUCAAACAUGGCGACGUCAAAAUUGAAGUUGGUCGGUAUGGGUUAAUACAAGAUAAGUGAAUGAUAUACAGCAAUACAGUAAAAACCCACAUACAGUAAAAGAAUAACUAUUUUUUAUAUCAGGGUGAAGUUCUUUUAUGAUAGUAGCCUGCGCACAUUCUCAUGACAUCGAUCAAACGUUGUAAGAGACUGCGCAACAAUGAAGCAAAGCUUGCGGGAGAAAAAUAAUUUUCGCAAGAAAAUUAAUACGUUGAUUAUGCGGAAACGUUUAUAUGCAUGUCAACAGAUAGCUUUUAAAAGAUCCACGACGUCGACAUCAGCUAGGACGUCAGGGCUAAGCAGACGACUGGGACUAAAUAAGUCGAUAGCUCAAGUAUCUACGACGUCAAAUAUUUAAAACGGCAAGGGGAAGUAAAUUGGUAAUAGUUCACAACAAGAGUUUUACCGUCGUGGAUACAAGAGCAUAACAAGCGGUAAUGGAUUCAAACGUCUCUUUUAAAUUCAUUUUCAAAAGGAUGUAAAUAGUUAUAGUUUAAAUGUCGACGUCGUGAAUCUUAAGUGGAAGUUUAUUUAUUUAGGACGACGUCCUAGUCCCAGUCCUUUGCUUAGCCCUGACGUCCUAGGUGGCGUCGAC